AUGUUUCAUGAUUACAUUGUGGAUAUUCGCAUAUCUUUACAUGAAAGCUAUUUAAGAAUUUAUCGCUAUUGGCUUUAUUUUCUUCAAACAUUUGACACUGUUAUCUGCAUUCCAGUUACAUGUAUCACAACUGUUGCCUAUGCUGCUCAAGAACUAGUUGAUGAAAACUUACCAUCAUACGAUUACACUUUAUAUAUCUACUCUAUUGUGACAUGUGGUCUUCUUCUUCUUCUAUAUCCAGCUUACUUGACAUGUCUUCAUUUCUACUUUACAAAUAAUAAGGAUAAAAGCAAACGGCUGGAUACUGCUACUACUACUUCAUCUCGUAGUUAUUAA